UCCUCCUCCCCCUUCUCUUUUUCCAUUCCUCCACCUCGGGUGCCCUUUUUGGAAGAGCUGCUUCCCCUCCUCCAACUGUCAAGAGGGCUCCGGAGCAAGAAGAGAGAGGCCGUCCUGACCCGGGGAGCGUUUUUUACAGUCUUACAGGGUGUGUGUGUGUGGGGGGGAAAACCAGAACCACCAAACACAAAACUUGAGGAGCCCCAAGAGAAGGGGGAGGGGUGGGGAGGCAGAAUAAGACAAGGAGCACAUCGCCAGGUUCAAGGAGGAACCGAGAAAACUUUCCACCCUGGAUUCUCUACUUUUGAUCCAUGGACAGAGCCCAGCUCAGCCAAGUUACGGACAGACUAUAAGCAGUCCUUGCUCCUUUUAUUGUGAUCUGCCUGCGGGAACACUGUCUCCAACUCCAAAUAGUAUGGACCUGAGAAGUGAGAGUCCCUGCCUGAGGGAGAGCCCAGACAGAGGGAGCGGCAGCCCUGAAGUCAAAGGUCCUCCCCCGGUGAAAGUGGCCAGGUUGGAACAGAACGGCAGCCCAGUGGGAGCCCGAGGGAGGCCUAAUGGCUCGGUCACCAAAUCCCUGGGAGGUUUGAUGAUUCCUGUGUUUUGUGUGGUGGAGCAGCUGGACAAUUCUCUUGAAUAUGAUAACCGAGAAGAACACGCGGAGUUUGUUCUGGUUCGCAAAGAUGUGCUUUUUAGUCAGCUGGUGGAGACUGCAUUGUUGGCUCUUGGGUAUUCUCACAGUUCUGCGGCUCAGGCACAAGGUAUAAUCAAACUUGGGAGAUGGAAUCCUGUUCCCCUCAGUUAUGUGACAGAUGCACCUGAUGCAACAGUUGCCGACAUGUUACAAGAUGUGUAUCAUGUUGUGACUCUGAAAAUUCAAUUACAAAGUUGUUCGAAGUUGGAAGACUUGCCAGCAGAGCAGUGGAACCAUGCCACAGUCCGCAACGCCUUAAAGGAGCUGCUCAAAGCAAUGAAUCAGAGCACGUUAGCCAAAGAAUGCCCCCUCUCUCAGAGUAUGAUAUCCUCCAUUGUAAACAGCACGUACUAUGCCAAUGUGUCAACAACCAAGUGCCAGGAAUUUGGGAGAUGGUAUAAAAAAUACAAGAAGAUUAAAGUGGAAAGAGUUGAAAGAGACAACCUGUCAGAAUAUUGUGUCCUGGGUCAGCGUCCCAUGCACUUACCAAAUAUCAACCAACUGGCAACCUUGGGCAAAACAAAUGAACAGUCUCCUCACGGCCCAAUUCACCACAGCACUCCAAUCAGAAACCAAGUGCCAACAUUGCAGCCGAUCAUGAGUCCCGGGCUUCUUUCACCUCAACUCAGUCCCCAGCUGGUUAGGCAGCAGAUAGCCAUGGCUCACCUGAUUAACCAGCAAAUUGCAGUAAGCCGACUACUGGCUCACCAGCACCCACAAGCCAUCAACCAGCAGUUUCUAAAUCAUCCACCCAUCCCUAGAACCAUCAAGCCAGAGCCAACCAACUCCUCAGUGGAAGUCUCUCCGGAUAUCUACCAGCAAGUCAGAGAUGAGCUGAAGAGAGCAAGCGUAUCCCAAGCUGUAUUUGCAAGAGUGGCUUUCAAUCGCACACAGGGAUUGCUAUCAGAGAUCCUGCGUAAAGAAGAAGACCCUAGAACAGCCUCCCAGUCCCUCCUGGUAAACCUGAGGGCAAUGCAGAAUUUCCUCAACCUUCCUGAGACAGAACGAGAUCGUAUAUAUCAGGAUGAGAGAGAGAGGAGUAUGAACUCCAGUGUGAGCAUGGUGUCUUCAGCUGCCAGCAGUCCAAGUUCCUCCAGAACCCCCCAGGCCAAAACCUCGACACCGACAACAGACCUCCCCAUUAAGGUGGAAGGAGCCAACAUCAACAUCACAGCUGCCAUUUAUGAUGAGAUCCAACAGGAGAUGAAAAGGGCCAAGGUGUCUCAGGCUCUGUUUGCCAAAGUGGCGGCCAACAAAAGUCAGGGUUGGUUAUGUGAGCUGCUUCGCUGGAAAGAAAAUCCAAGUCCAGAAAAUCGCACACUUUGGGAAAAUCUCUGCACCAUCCGGCGCUUCCUGAACCUCCCCCAGCAUGAGCGGGAUGUGAUCUAUGAGGAGGAGUCCAGGCAUCAUCACAACGAGCGCAUGCAGCAUGUCGUCCAGCUCACCCCUGAGCCUGUGCAGGUUCUUCACAGGCAACAGUCACAGCCUGCCAAGGAGAACUCCCCUCCAAGAGAAGAGGCCCCACCCCCACCUCCAGAGGACACGUGCACCAAAAAAACGAGAUCCCGUACCAAGAUUUCCUUGGAAGCUUUGGGCAUCCUUCAGAGUUUUAUCCACGAUGUUGGCCUCUAUCCAGACCAGGAGGCCAUCCAUACUUUAUCUGCUCAGUUGGAUCUCCCUAAACACACCAUCAUCAAGUUCUUCCAAAACCAGCGUUACCACGUGAAACAUCACGGGAAACUAAAAGAACAUUUGGGGACCGUGGUGGAUGUGGCGGAGUACAAAGAUGAGGAGCUUCUGACCGAGUCAGAAGAGAAUGACAGUGAGGAAGGCUCCGAGGAGAUGUACAAAGUGGAAGCAGAAGAGGAGACCCCUGACAAAAACAAGGCCACGACUUCAGAAACUGAUCAGAGAUAAUGUGAAACCCCCACCGGCAAAGCAAUACGUUAUACCAACUGUUUGGGGGGGUGGGGGGGUGGGGGAGGCUUCGGUUUUUUUAAGUGUUUGUUUUUUUCCGGCGUGCAUCAAUGACGAUAUGCAAACUGAAUAAUUAUUUUGCAUAGUCCAUCCAGGCAUUCCCUUAGGCACUUGAGUGUUAACACUUUUUAUAUUUGAGACAAUGUUAAUUGUAAUUCACAUGAUUAACCUUGCACUUAUCAAAGGAACCUCUAGCAAGUUACAGGAUGGAACAGACCAUUUAAAUCAGUGAAGGAAAUAGUUGUGUGGGUGUGUAUAUGUAUAUAUUUACACAUAUACAUAUAAAUAUAUGUAAAUAUAUAUAUACAUGAAAUUUGCAUGGGACGUAACUUUACAAUCUGAAAGUAUAGACUGUGAAAUGAGCCCAUUAAAGAUGAGUCGUGUUUGUGUAUUGAAAAACCACUUCACAAUGAGUUGCUUUGGCUUUUAGAUAAAAUGCUGCCUGCUCUCAGGGUGUGGUGACUAUUUUGGAAUACCUAUUUAUUUUCUAUGUUUAUCCCUGAUCUUUUUUAUUAUUAUUAUUAUUAUGGCUUCCUCUUUGGCAGCUUGAUAGGUAAUUUUUGAGGUAUGCAUUUGAAAUCGUAGAUCAACACUGCCAAAACAAAAUGAAAAGAAAAAGGAGAAAGAUUGAGGGAGAAGGAAAAGAAUGGGGGUGGGGGUGGGAAGUCAGGGCACCUUAAAGAAUAAAAUCCCAACCCAAGUAAGCUUAAAAACUCCUCCGUCCACAAUGCACAUUUAAAGUAACGGAGCAUGUUUGGUUCAUCAUCUUUUCUCUAUUGAACAGAUGGAUUUUUAUGGGCCUGUUUUUUUGGUGGGAAAUUCAGAGGACUGAAAACUUGUCUGCUUGUGAAAUCUUUCUGACAAGGGGCUCUUAUGAGAUUUAAUCGAUGGAAUUUUACAUCAAGCCAUAUUUUGCAGUGAUUUUUUCCCCCAAAGAAGCAAACUGCCCACCUGUGGCCAUGCAGUUUACAUUCACUACAGUGGAGUGCUUGUUUAUUUGCUCCCCUUGCGUCUGUGAGGUACUAAUUUCAGGGGACACUGUUUGUGAUACAUGUUGGAACUUCUUUUCAGUAACACUAUCACAAAUCACAGCUCUCAGCCUCGGGCAAACUUAGCUGUUUUCUUCGUCAGCGAAAGGCUUUCCAGGACCAAAAUUCCCUCUGAACCUCUCUUGUUUCCCUUGCAUUUCAAUUCUUACUCUUCAGAUAAAUUAUCUCAGUGAGACAAGCUGUUCUUAGCCAAGGGUCUCCUAAGGUAUGGCCCUCACUGUGGUGUGCAGCAGAUCUUGUGAGAACUGACAUUCUGAACUUACUGCUAUUCUAGGCAGUAAGAAUCAGGAUUUCCAUGCCAUUGCUUUUUCCCAGUGGCGUAGCAUAGCAGUUCCAUCACAUAAAACAGAACACACGCCGACCAGCUUUUCAGUAGUUCGAGCAUUAAAGCUGCAAUCCACUAUGGCCUCCGACAGGUUUCUGAAGCUGUGGUUCAGAAGUGACACCAGCAGGCUGGCUCUUCCUGUCCUGCAGAAUGAUUUUUUUCAGAGGAUAUAUAUAUAUAUUUUUACUUCCUUCCUAAUGGGUUCAGAUCGCUCUCAGAUCCUGAACAUCAUUGCUAGGCUUCGGCGGUUUUUGACAUCUGCUCUGUCACUUUUCAACAAAGACCUCAUGCAAUAUCACUUGGACAGCUACGUUACUUUUCUUGCACAGGCAUUGUAAUAUAACUGUUAAUACUAUUUAUAUAUUUUGAAAGGUAUAAAAGGCAGGCAUUAAACCUCUGUAUAGGGAGUUACUCCAAAUGUAACAGUGUACAGGGGGAAAAUACGUUAGAAUACAAGCUAAUUCUAGCUGCUCAGUAACCUCUGGAGUUUUUAAACAAUUGGUAUAUGAUAUCCACAGUAUACCUGCAUACAUCUCAUAUACCCUUGAAAGACAAUGUUGGCUUGCUCACUUUUUAAACUCUUCCUCUUUUACUCUAUAGUAUGCUGCAGCUUUAAUCAAAAUUCGGUAGGUGCUGCUUUUAUGUUCUCCGAGUUUCUCUUUUUCCAACUGUUAAUCUGAAACUCUUGCCGAAAUCACUACGUUUAUGUAAUACUGGUCAGACGCUCAUAAGGUUAUUCAUCUCUUUGGCAUCAGCAUAUUGUUUUUUUUAAACACUUCAACCAAAAAAUUGAGUAGUUUUUUUCCCCCAAUGCUGAGUCUUGCCUUUAUUAUUAUUAUUUUAAAAAUUUCACUGCCAAUUUUGCAGUGGCUCUUUGAAGUAAAUCUGUGGGCAUUUUCGCCUGUGGUCUUGCCAGAACUUUGCGAAUUACAAUGCAUAUAUGUCUAUUUAUUCAAUAUUCAUCAUAUAAUAUCUAUCUGGAAAAAGAAUCUUUUCUCGUAGUGCCUCUUAACAAAGCACAAUUUUCCGCCUUUUUGUGAAAUAAGAGAAAACUUUAAAAAAAAUUGUGUUAUUGCGGUAUCAACAAUGUGAAUGAGGAUUAACAUAUUGUAAAUGUUCUUUUUCCAUGUAAAUCAACUUGAUCUUCGUUAUCACUAAGUGAUAAUUAAAUUUUAACUUAUGUGCAUUGUUAGUCUGUUAGAAUUUUUUGGUUGUUGAAAUAAAACA